AUGUCUGCUGCUACAACGUCCGCGGUGACCUUUGCAGGUCUUACCCAGGUUUCUACAUAUUAUGGCCAAGGAGCAUACCAGCCCCGUCUGAGCACAUUCUGUGCCGAGUCGUCUCUGGAUAUCAUCAACAUCGGCUUUGUUAAUGUCUUCCCCGACGUGGGCAAGGGUGGAUGGCCGGAGACCAACUUUGGUAACCAGUGCGAUGGAUCUGUGUACGUGAACGACGGCGUGACCACCGGUCUGCUCGCAAACUGUCAUCAGAUCGUGGAAGACAUCCCAAUCUGUCAGGAUGCUGGGAAGAAAGUCUUCCUUUCUCUUGGAGGCGCUGGCCCUGCAAGUGGUCAAGUUAUUACCAGUGACGACUCAGCUAUCGCUUUCGCUGACUUCCUUUGGGGUGCCUUUGGUCCUGUGGAUUCGGCCUGGACCUCUCAGGGUCUCCCCCGCCCAUUUGACGAUGUCGUCUUCGAUGGCUUCGACUUUGAUAUUGAAUGGGGCACUGACAUCGGUACCUAUACUUCUCCCCGCUAUGCCUCUUUGGCAAAUCAAUUGCAUUCGCUCUACGAAACUUACAGAUCCAACAACCCUGGAUCCAAACAAUUCUAUCUUUCCGCAGCACCCCAAUGUGCCAUUCCUGACGCACAUCUCGCCAACGCCAUCAAGAACGCCCCUUUUGAUUACAUCUGGGUUCAAUUCUACAACGAUCAAAACUGCGCAGCUGCCAACUAUGUCGAAAAACUUGGUGGCUUCAACUUCGAUGACUGGGUAAAUGUUGUUCUGGCUGGCAGUAACCCGGACGCUAAGCUCUUCAUUGGCCUGCCUGCAGAAGAGUCGGAGGCCAACGCUGGAUUUUACAUUGACUACACGGAUGUGGUGCCCAUGGUCGAUGAGUACAUGACCAAGUACCCAUCGACAUUCGGUGGUAUUAUGUUGUGGGAAGCCACUGGUUCUCUCAACAAUACUUCCCCGAAUGGAAACACCUAUGCAGACAACAUCAAGGAGGUCCUGGUCAAUGCUGCCACAACUAUCGUUCCAUCGCCCACUCCCACCCCGACUCCUAGUGCGACGCCAACGCCAAGUUCUUCUUCUUCUUCGUCGUCGUCUUCGUCAUCCACGUCCUCAUCCUCUUCAUCGUCCUCGUCUUCAUCCUUGUCUACCAGCUCAAGCUCCACCAGCAGCCCCAGCUCAGUCUCCACACCGAAGUCCACGCCGACCCCAAGUACUUCCGCUUCCUCUUCGUCGUCUUCGUCCUCGUCUAGCGGGUCCAGCUCAGUCUUCACACCGAAGCCCACGCCGACCCCAAGUACUUCCGCUUCAUCCUCGUCUUCGUCGUCUUCUUCCUCUUCAAGCUCCAGCUCAGCUUCUUCAAGCCACGUGGUUUCUUCAAGCUCAAGCAGCUCUUCUAUUCGGUCAUCUACCCCGGCUGUCUCUCCUAGCCCACGGCCUACGUCAAUCUCAACAGCCUCAUCCCACUCGGUUGUUCCAUCAAGCUCGGCUGUCAUCUCUUCCCGCCCAACUGUUUCAUCCUCUUCCACCCAGUCCACUUCCAAGCGGCCUUCUUCGACCCCUUGCACUUCCUCAAGACGGACUACUUCAGUAUCUUCGUCAGCCGUAGUCAGCACUCAUACUUCUUCGCCACUGAUCUCGUCUGCUAGUCACUCUUCAAAACCAACGACUAGCUCCUGCUCCAGCCGUUUGUCUACGUCCUCCUCGCACGCUGUCUUGCCGUCAUCGUCUGUUCCCGCCGUCGGCUCGACUCGUACAGGCAGCUCUUCCUCGACUUCUACCGUCACCGGUGAGGCGUCCUCGACUGGAGUCGUUUCUCCCGGAGGUCCAUCUUCAUCUAGCGCAAGCGGCUCUACUGUCUCAGCAUCGUCCAAGACUGGAGCUACGUCUGUUGUUGGGGGUACUACGACGAUAACGGCGUCUCAGACAUCCACCGGACCGGCUGGAUCUUCUGGAAGCAGCUCUUCCAGCUUAGGAUCUGCCUCUGGCUCUGGUUCAACUACCUCUGGUGUUUCUGUUCCAGUCACGGGUACUAUCACAACCACAGCCACAGCCAGUGCUACCGCCACCGCAGCUUCAACCAGUUCCGAAUGGACUACUACAGUUGUGACAACUUCAUACGUCUAUAUCUGCCCAACUGGACUUGCCACUAGCACCAUUACUUACACCGAGUCGUACUGCCCAUGCACUGCAACAGCCAAGGCAUCCACUGCCUUGCCCACUGGCUGGGCCACUACCACCACCGUCUGCACAGUGUGCGGUCCUGAGCCAACCACAGUGACGCUGACUCUGCCACCCUCUGUGAGCGCCACUUCUACGUCGCUCCCAGGCUCUGGCCCUGGCCCUGCUCCUGGCUCUGGAACUAAACCAAGCACUGGUUCUGAGUCGGUGGCUCCUGGCAACGGCUCUGGCCCUGCUCCUAGUUCUGCAUCUAUUCCAGGCACUGGUUCCGAGUCGGUAGCUCCUGGCAACGGCUCUGGUCCUGCUCCUAGCGCUGCAUCUACAACAAGCACUGGCUCCGAGUCGGUGGCUCCUGGCAACACCUCUGGCAACACCUCUGUUGGCCCAGCUGGCCCGUCUCAAACAACCAGCAGCAUUGUUGCUCCUGCAACUUUGACUGCCCGUCCAAGUGCCUCUUCCUUCCCCACGUCGCCUAGCUACACUCAAUCGGGUGUCAGCCCAGCGUUCACCGGGGCUGCUGCUGGUGGUCGGGCGAACUUGAGCCCGCUCUUCGGCGGCUUGAUUCUUGCUAUUUCUGUGUUUGCGCUCCUGUGA